GUACUUUCCCCGCCCUCCGGUAGAACAGUCGACCACUUGAGUGACAGCUCAGACGACGUUGAUUACAUUCAACUUUUCACAUCCCUGCUGUGGACACACUUGGAUGUCAGCGCUGGACAACUACACACAAACAUGAUCAAAUUUGCCAAGGCUCUUUAUGACAACACAGCAGAGUGUGCUGAUGAGCUGGCCUUCAGAAAAGGAGACGUCCUAUCAGUGACAAAUCAAAACCUCGCAGGCACCAGUGGGUGGUGGAUGUGUUCUUUGCAUGGCCGGCAGGGUCUCGCCCCGGCAAACAGACUGCAGCUCAUUGAAAGCUCUGUAAGCCAUCGCACAGAGAAAAGGAAAAGUGAAACCAAUGACAGCGUGCCAAACAUCUACCAGAUCCCAAGUCUGCCUAAAAACGGACAUAAGAACGCGGUCUACAAGACCCCGACCACUUACUUGUCAGCUUCAGUGACGUCUAACCAUGUGGUGCUGAAGCAAAAUACGGAAGACAUGAAGGUGUAUAAAUCACCAGCAUCCAUGCAUCGAGGCCCUAGCUGUGACAUCCCUGCGUCUUCAGUCCCUGGUGGCCAACAUGAAGAGGUCAGCGGGUACAGCACUUUACCCAAUUGCUGCAAGUCUGGUUGGAUCUAUGAUAUACCAGUGGGUACUGACAAGCAAGACAGAGUCCAAAACAACAAUAAUACACUUCCUUCCAAAUGUGUUGGCAGCCACCUGUACGACACGCUUCCUUUGCAAGCUAGUCCAAACAGAACACUGCCACCAAAUGCUUUGCUUUACGAUAUACCAAAACCCUGUUUUCUUGGCUACCCGAGUCCACCCAAUUUACUGCCAAGAGUCCCGAUUUACGACAUGCCUCCAACGCAAAGGCUCACGGAAAACUUUGCACCGAAAGAAGAUUUGCUUAGCCAAGUUCUCAGCGAUCCUGUUAGUGACCAUUUACCUUUGGAGUGCCGGAGUGACCCAAGCACUGGUCAUAACCUCUUCAGGGUAAAGAACUUUCUGAGGUGUAGAUCUCAGGGAAGUGUAGAGUUGCUGUUGCAGGGAGACGCAAAAAGCAGUGGAAGCGUAUCUUCCUCUGCAGACCAGAGUCAAAGAAUCAGCACCGCGUCCAGCUCCUCAAGCAGUUCUUGUGACUCUCUUGCUCUGAGCUCAUCUCCUCAGGAGGCUUUGAGAGAAGUGACGCUCGGACAAGACGAGGCCUGUCGCAGAUUACUGGACCUGCAGCAGUCCGUUUGCCAGGCUGUUCCCAAGCUCAUGGAGUUUGUCAGCAGCCGGUGGAGGAACAAAGAACAUCUGGAGAAACACCUGAAGGAGAUUCAAGUUGCGGCAGAAGGUAUUGCAUGUUCCGUGACAUGCUUUCUACAUUUUGCCGCUGACAUUAAGGGAAAUGCGCGACAUUUGACCGAUGCCAACCUUCAAAAGAGACUGUGUAAACAACUGUCAGUUGUUGAGGAUUCAGCAUUGAUCUUACAACAAACGCUGAGUGGGUUAAACUUGGCCGGCUGGCCCCUUGACUCCCUGUGUCAGGAUCCGGGCAAAGUCCUGACGCUUGAUCAACUGGAGCGCUUUGUCAUGGUGGCCCGCACGGUGCCAGAGGAUGUCCGGCGCCUGGUGUCCAUUGUCAUCGCCAACGGCAAGCUGCUGUUCAAAGUCCCUUCAGAUCCAGUCGUUGUUAAAAACACAAAUCAAAGUGAAGCAAAGACAAUUCGAGGUGGGAGUCAGUGGCUGGGAGACUUGGUGGAGGAUGACAACGACAAUGUGAAGGAACAGAGCGAAAGCAGACGACAGUCCUUCCAAUCUUGUCCCGUGAAUCUGGAAGAGCGUCGAGCAUCUUCCAUGCCCGAGCAUUGCCGCCUCUACUUUGGCGCUCUUCAAAAGGCGCUGGGGGUCUUUCUGGGAAGCCUUGAGGCCGGGCAGCCACCAGAAACGUUCAUCUCGCAAAGCAAACUGGUGAUUAUGGUGGGUCAGAGGCUGGUGGACACCCUGUGCAAGGAGGCACACAGCGGGGGGUCGAGUCACAGCCUCCUGGGUAAGAGCAACCACCUAUGUGCUCUUCUCAAGCAGCUGGCCGUUGGCACCAAGAGGGCGGCCUUAGACUUCCCCGAUCAACAAGCUCUCGCCGAGCUUCAACAGUUUGCACAGGAGCUUUCUCACAGGACACAGUACUUUAGAUUAGAAUACACUAAUGCAGACAGACUGGACAACGACUGACUUUUCACUUUGAAACAUUGUAGGAGGAAUCGACUAACACAAUAUUUUUUUUAAAAUGAAACAUGAUCUAACCGCUCUUGUGUAGAUCAAGAUAUGCUAAACUAGGGCAUGGGGACACCAAACACCAUACAGCAGGGGUGUCCAAACUUUUUCCACUGAGGGCCGCACACUGAAAAAUCAAAGCAAGCGGGGGUCAUUGUGGUGUUUUUUAUUUUAAAAACCAAUAGAAUAUAUGUAUAAAAAAUAUACAUUUAGGCCUCCACUCAGGCUUGGUCCCGGGGACCCCAAAGGGUUUUGGUCAAAAAAAUAUUUAAAAUGUGUCAUUAUUCAACAUUAAUAUUAUUAUUCAAGGCUUAAAUCUCUAGAUCAACAUUAGGUCUAUCUGUCAAUAUAAAGUUUUUAAAGAUUUAAUUAAAAAAAAAAAAAGAUUUAAGCUCUUUCUGUCAACGGAAACCCUUUUUUUUUUUAUGGAAAAAACACAAAAUAUGCAAUAUUUUCACCCAUUAAAAUUUUUAAGUGGAAUAUUUGAGAUUAUAUAAUAAUUGGAGCCUUAAAAAGGUCAAUAAAUCAUAACAACGUUGAUUUUAAUUGAUUAAUUUUUGAGCAAUGACACUACUUUUAACGCAAUAAUCUCGAGAUCAACUUCAGAUCUAUCAGUCAAUUAUAAGUUUUAUUGUUGUUUGUUUUUUGUUUGUUUGUUUUAGGCCUGUCUUUAAAAAAGAAAAAAUGUAUGGCAAACACAAAAUAUGCAACAUUUUACCCAAAAAAUAUCUCAAAGUGGAAUAUUUCAUGUGACGUAAUUGGAGCCUUGAAUAGGUCAAUAAUUCACAAUGACAUUGAUUUUGAUUCUUUUUUUUUUUUAAAGAAAGAAACAGCCUGCAUGGCAUUUUUGUGUUAUUAGAGUCAACGUUGCAACAAUUUCUUGUUAAAUUUCACCUCUUUGUUUUUUAUUUUUUUAAUCGUAUUUUUAGAAUUUGCCGUGGGGCCGUUAAAAAGUUCCCUGCGGGCUGCACUUAGGACAUCCUUGCCAUACAGUUUUGCCAUAAGGACCAUUUUUAAGUGAAGCUUUAAAUGCAAGUUUAACGGGUCAUAUUAUGAUUUUUUUUCAUUUGAAAUGCAUUCCUUUAUGAUCACCUUAUUUUUAAAUGUUACAUGACAAUUUUCUAUAAUUUUUUUUGUCGUUAGCAUCAACAUUUAAACUUUUUAAUGUUCCCCACCCCUUUUUAAUUAUUCCUAUUGUUUAGUAUGUGUUUUUAUCAUUUUCUGUGGGCCAGUAAAUGCAAAAAGUCCCACUUUGGACACUCCUGACUUACACAGGUAGAUGAAAUACAACAAUUGUGCCUUUAACAAUUAUAAUAUACAGUUAUAAAAUACAAAUAUUGUCAUAGUUUGGAGAAGUAUUCAUUAGUGCAUUUAAUUGUUGCCGUUGGUUUGUCUGCUAUAGUUAAUUAGUUAUCAAAAUAACUGAAAAAGUUAUUACCGGAUUUUUAUGAAACUUUCAGUAAAGUACUUCGAUUUUGGGGUUGAUCCCGAUCGUUUUUACAUUACCUUAUUGUUACCUCUGUGUGUGUGUAUAUGCUUGUUUGCUCUCUCCAAGUGCUUCUAUAUAGUUUAUAUAUACAAAACCAGUGAAGUUGGCACGUUGUGUA